AUGGACAGCCCUAAGCCCUCAGCUGUCUUCGGAGUUGUGCCCAGGUUUUCCGACCCCCACCUGCGAAAUCGAGCCCUAGCUGGCGAGGAAGAGUCCUUGGAUGAGUGGGCCUCGCGGCUUUGGCACAGAAUCGAUCGAGAUCGGAAUGGGUUCAUCACCAGCAAGGAGCUGGACUGCGAGGAAUUCCACAACAUCGUCCGUGCCGCUGUGGCCCCCGUCACAGGUACCUCUACCGGCGGCGCAACGUACGCCCGAAAGCAGGUGAACAUUGACGCUGCGAUCCAGCUGUGCCUGCGCAAGGCUGACUUGAACAACGACGCUACGCUGUCCUUCCGAGAAUUUCGGUCGCUCAUGCGAUGCCUCCGCAAGCCGAGAAUGGCCCAGCACACUGCGAAUCUGGUUUUCGCGCUUUUUGAUCUGGAUGGCAACGGCUACAUCGGGCGGGAUGAAUUUCAC